AUGGAGACGGAUAUAGAUCCCGCAUCAGCGGGUCACCAGGAGAUUCGUCUUCUCGUGGAUGAGGUUAUUGAAUCAGCCAAAAUACCCGCCAAAACACGCGCGACCAACGUCAAAUCUACUAUUGCUAGCCUUACCUCACUCUCAUAUGAAUGGGGCCUUUUACCUGAGACCCUUGACGAUCUCAUCAUUCUCGUGACAACUCCAAAUCACCUUGACCAAGCAAGCCAAGCUGCUAUCAUCCGAAACCUGUAUCCCGUGGCACCUAUCUCUCGAAAGUCUGUUCUUCAAGUCAUCUCGUGCCUUGGACACGGAUCCCUCAAGCCAUCUCUUACUCUACAGGCUGCUCUUCUCAAGUGGCUCAUUACGGUGCACCACACUUUGGAGUCACCACAAACGCUUUCUCAAACCUACUCGGUUCUGUUUAAUCUUCUCGAUACUGCAGCCACUCGACCUAACCUUAGCCACCUCCUGGCUCUCAUUACCAGACGCAAACAUGUUCAGCCUUUUAGAAUACAGGCCUUGUAA